UCGCCGCUUCCCAACCGCUCUCGUCCGUCCGUGGCCAGGCAGCGGUGGGGAUGGCGAGCCGCGGAGCCAGGGUGGUGACGAGCGCAGCGGCUCCGUCAUUGGGCGAGGAGGCCUGAGGGACGGGCUGGCUGGGUGCGUAAGGACACCACAACCCGUGGCCCCGGCAGAGCGAGGGCGAUGGAGUCCAACGUGCCGAAGCGGAAGGAGCCCGCCAAGUCCCUCCGCAUCAAAGUCAUCUCCAUGGGCAACGCCGAAGUGGGGAAAAGCUGUAUUAUAAAGCGCUACUGUGAGAAGAGAUUUGUGUCUAAAUACCUGGCAACCAUCGGGAUUGACUAUGGAGUCACAAAGGUCCAAGUCAGAGACAGAGAGAUCAAAGUUAACAUCUUUGACAUGGCUGGACAUCCCUUCUUCUUUGAGGUCCGAAAUGAGUUUUACAAGGACACACAAGGUGUGAUACUAGUCUAUGAUGUUGGACAGAAAGACUCAUUUGAUGCCCUUGAUUCAUGGCUGGCAGAGAUGAAGCAGGAGCUUGGGCCUCACGGGAACAUGGACAACAUUGUCUUUGUUGUUUGUGCCAACAAGAUCGACUGCUCCAAACACCGCUGCAUCGAUGAAAGUGAGGGGCGUCUCUGGGCUGAAAGCAAAGGGUUCCUGUACUUUGAAACAUCAGCACAGACUGGAGAGGGAAUCAACGAGAUGUUCCAGACCUUUUACUUGUCCAUAGUUGACUUGUGUGAAAAUGGCGGGAAGCGUCCUACCGCAAGUAGCAGUGCUAGUUUCACCAAAGAACAAGCAGACACUAUUCGCAGAAUCCGAAAUAGUAAGGACAGCUGGGAGAUGCUAGGAGUCAGACCUGGGGCCUCAAGGGAGGAAGUUAAUAAGGCCUACCGGAAGCUGGCUGUGCUGCUUCACCCGGACAAGUGUGUAGCACCAGGCAGUGAAGAUGCCUUCAAAGCAGUUGUGAAUGCCCGGACAGCCCUCCUGAAAAACAUCAAGUAGAGGCAGAGGAAACUUUACAAGCGAGCUCAAGUGCAAACAGACUCCCCUUGAGGUGAAAUAACCAACAUGGAGUUUUCCUUCACGAAUGCUCACUGUUGUGUUCCCUCAUGUGUAAGUUAAUAGUAUGGGUGCCUGUUCCGAUGUUGUGGCCAUUUCUCAGUGAGAUGACCGCUUUUGUGUGAGAGAUAACCCCACAUCUCUUAUGCACUUCAUUUCUUAUUGCCAGAUAACUAGGUGUUUGUCAUUGUGUCAUCGCAUAUGCAUUCACCUGUGAAAGUCCAUGACUGUGACUCACCUGAUCUUCCUCCCAGCAACCCUCCCUCCAUCCCUCCAUCCAUCUGCCCGCCGUCAGAGAAGGGAAUAACAACAGGAGAGAGAGUGAGCCCAGCCCCGGGGGCCUGCACCCCAGUAAGCAGCCUCCUGGUUAGCAUUUUAACCAUCAGCCUGUAUAGUUAGGAGCCAGAUACGGUGGAGGAUGAGGCGGGAGUAUUGCAAGAUAGAGGCCAGUCUGGAUUGAAUUACUUGGCAAGACUUUCAAAGAAAAACAGGCAACCUUGUAGAAGAAUGAUGUGAGCUGGCACUGUUAGGACAGUGUCCCUUUUAGGACACUGACUCUGUUCUGUCUCCAGCCACCAGGGGGAGACAAGCCAGUACUAAGGGAGAGGCAGUGCCAGCCACAGGAGCUGGAGAACCUGAAGCUCAUCCCGGAUCCCAGGUCUUUGCUGUGCCCUAGAAAUAGUUGCUAGUAUGAAGCAGCAAGGAAUGCCGUGUCCUGGGAAUGAGGGGCCCGACACCAGAACAGAAGCUCUUAGAGGGCACAGUGUGGGUUACUUGGGAGUGUGCGCUCAGUCACACCAUUCAGACGGAAAGGCCAGCUUGGGCCUUUCCUGAGCUCACGCAUGUUGGGAGGGACCCUGCAUGAGACUCGUCCCUGUCCUCAGUCCUCACCACAGGUGAUGGGAGAGGCAAGCGGGUCCUCUUCCACAAACCCGUCUCUUUCUUCUGCUUUCCUCUCGCCCCACUCUUCGUUACAUCCCACAUCUGCCAUGGCCUUUCCUCUGGCCCUGGGCUCAGCUGACUUGAAAUAAGUAGGAUCCAUUUGGGGCGCACUGGGACGUCUUGCGCCUGUGUGGGGCAGAAUCCCUACAGUUUCUGCUUGGACUCCAAAUUUCUGAAUAGUAUUUUUAAAACUACAAGUAUGAAAACUCACGUUGCAUAGAGAGAAGCCUUCCUCUUGCUGUUGCCCCUUCGUGGUCCACAGGACUGGAUGGAGCUGAUGGAGCCGGGCUCAUGGCAGCCUUAGGGGAGCAGGCUCGUUGCUCGACUCCUGUCAUCCCCCUGAGCUGUGCUAUUCUUAUUUUGAGCUGCAGCCACCUGUGCUACCUGGAACUCGAACUUUUAAAUACCUAUCCCAUAACGGUUGCCAGAUAACAUGUCUCUUGCCUAAGAAGACAAGAUCUUGUCUUCCUGUCUAAACCCUUGCAGUCCUCUGAGUUUUUCCUUUCUCCAUAGUGGCCUCACUUUGCAUGGCUGUGCUGUGCGCAGCUGCUCUGAGCUUUAAAAUGUUGUUCUUAAUGAACUCAGAUCUGUAUAAAAAGGAUAAAGAGAUCUGGCAUAUGGCUAUAUGGCUUGAAUUAGCUUCUGAGAUGAUUGAACUCCACCUCAAAGUUCUCAUGGGCCUCAGUUCUGCUUGAGGCUCCCUCACGCCUAACACAUCUGAUUAUCCAACUGCUCUUGGAACAGAAAGUGGGAGUCAUGAGGAUGAGAGAUGUGUGUGGUGCUGUCAGCCUGAGUGCGGGGCCCAGUCUGCGCCUCAUUCAACCACAUGGGCAGGAGAACAGUUACAGCAGGGGGCUUUAGUGUUCCCAUUUGGGUCCCUCAGGCCACUUGCUGAUUCUCAGAUCUUGAGACGCUGUUCCUGACAUCUUAUUUACUAAUAUCUUGGGUGGCUGCGUAGCAUCUUAUUUAUUUAUGUAAGAGUAAUAAAAUGAAGAAGUGAAGCCUCAGGGUCCUAGAAUGUGUCUGGUUUCUUUAGUCUCUCAGCAGAGCAUUAGGAAACAACAGAGCAUAACUCAGAACAAAAAGUAUUCUGAACCCUGGCUUCGGGAUCCGGUACAGACCUCUGCAUUCAUUGAAAUUCUUGGUGCAGGUGUGUGCUUUGUCCUUCAACAUUUUGAAAACUAUUUGCACAUUUAAGAUCUUAGGACGUCAGCAGGAGUCGCAACUCAGUCAUUUCAGAGGCUGAAACUUUUUUUAUAAAGAACCUUGCUCCCCCCCCCCAAAAAAAAAAGAAGGGAUAAAAUAUUU